CACGAAGACCCUUCGCCCGGCUCUUGCAUACGCUGCGGUCAAGCGAGCCUGGACGAAGAGUUUGUCAAGAUGAGCAGCGACUACAAAUCCUCAAAGGAGGCGUUUGUCUCUGGCAUGACGGGCUCUAGCGUCGUUCAUGUAAAUCUGGUCUCUGCGGUCGCUCUGUGCUCCAUUGCCCUUCACUCAGCCAUCAGAACGCGAUUCCGAUGGGCAAAAUCCCUACCAUUCGUCGUAGAAUGGACACUCCUGGUCCUGCCACUGCUUCUAUCCAUGACAACAUUCGCUACCUCGCCGUCAAUACUUUCACUCGCCCUCCUGGCUCCGACACUCGCAGUCAUAUCCACCAUCUCCUCACUGCACAGCGGAGCGUCACUUCCUUCGAAAGAGGCGCAGGCUUCAUCCUCAUCUAAGCAGAGCUUCAGCGAAACUAUCUCAGCACCCUUUGAAGUAGCACAUCUCCGACAGCUACCUGCUAUCACAACUUACCGCGCCCAUAUGAUGCUCAUGACUGCCCUCGCAAUCCUCGCUGUCGACUUCCCUAUAUUUCCUCGUGCGCUGGCGAAAUGUGAAACAUAUGGUGUUUCUCUGAUGGACCUUGGCGUAGGCUCAUUUGUCUUCUCCCAAGGUGUCGUCUCUGCCAUCCGCAUCGUCAAGGACCCUACGUCUUUGAAGGGCAAUCCGAUCCCAAAGUUGAAGGCCGCCUCACGAAAGGUUGCCCCGAUCAUUGCUCUGGGGUUGGUCCGCGUAGCCCUUGUGAAGAGUACCGAGUAUCCUGAACAUGUCACUGAGUACGGCGUGCACUGGAACUUCUUCAUUACGAUGGCCCUGUUACCCUUUCUUGAAAUCCUCCUGCAUUACCCUGUCAUACAUGUCCCUGUGGCGGUGCUGGGGCUCUUGCUAGCAGUCGGUCAGGAGUAUUUCCUCUCUGCCAUGGAACUCUCCGAUUACGUUCUCGAUGCGCCUCGAACCAACAUCAUUGCCGCAAACAAGGAAGGUCUCGCCUCGCUCUUAGGCUACCUCGCAAUCCACAUCAUGGGUCUCUCACUCGGGACUGUCAUCUUACCGCCUCAACCAUCCUACUUCCGCAAACAACAAGAGGCGCUCGUCCAUGACUCCAAGCGGCCCGUUGUUGAUCUGUCCGCGCCUCGGCAGAACAGCAAGACGAUCACCGAACUCGUCGCGUACUCCGCCAUCUGGUGGGCACUGCUUGCUAUCGUCACCCUCGGGCUCGACGUCUCGCGUAGGAUGGCGAACCUGCCAUACGUCCUGUGGAUUACGGCGUUCAACACGUCGUUCAUCCUGGGAUACUACCUCCUCGAUCUGUACUUUUUCCCCGCGCACACAUCAAAGGUGAAAGACCCGACGGACCCGACGGGAAAGACCGUUUUACGAGAGAAGCUGAGCGCUGAGGGGGCGCUUGGAGGGGCGCCAGCGCUGUUUGAGGCCAUCAAUAAGAACGGGAUGGCUGUUUUCCUUCUCGCAAACGUUGCGACAGGUGUCGUCAACCUCUCGUUGCAGACAAUGUAUGCGUCCGACAGUGUUGCUAUGGGUGUCCUAUCUGUCUAUUCGAUAGGCGUUUGUGGUGUCGCUUGGGUCUUUAGAGGGAAGAAACUGCUGUAGCUUACCAUACGAUUUACAAAAUACUUUGCUCCUCGGAAUAGGCGC